AUGUCCACUCUUGAUCCCGCCUUGAAAUCUUGGGCUCUUCCCCGUCUCUCCGCCCUCCUCCAGCUCGACCAUGACUCCCUCACUCAGCUGCUGGAAUACACAUGCUCACUCGACCAUGAUCAGGGCGCGGAGCAUCUACGGAAUAUCCUGGGCGACUCAGCGAAGGCGCUGGAGUUUAUUGUUGGGUUUGGGGAGAGGUGGAGGAAGAAGAAGAAGGAGGAGGAGAAGAAGAAGAAGAGUGGGGCUGGUGCUGGAGAAGGAGGAAAUGGCGGUGGUGCUGGGAAAAUGAGAAAACCACCGCCAUCAGCUGCCGGCCCGCUGAUAUCAGAGUUUAUGCCUAAUGUGCGCUCGAAGCCUGCAAAGGCCUCAUCUGCCGCAAAAAGGCAACAGCAGCAACAUCUAGCAACAUCAUCCCCUUCACGAAACCGCAGUCGUAAAUCUCUUUCCGGCUCCGGUUCCGCUACCUCCACAAGCACAGAUAACAUCGCCGAUCUAUCUGCCGCCAUCGCCCAACUGGAACUCACCACAAAUCCUACCCUAUCCUCGUCCUCCAACUCCAUCCCUUCGAAACCUCGAAAAUGCAACUGUCUCGCCACGCUACACCCUCUCUUUACCCCAGCUCCUAACUGCUUAAACUGCGGCAAGAUCAUCUGCUCCCUGGAGGGGCUUCAGCCUUGCUCCUUCUGCCAGCAACCGCUGCUAACGCCCGAACAGGUGCAGGGGAUGAUUCGCGAGUUGAGAGCGGAGAGGGGCAGUGAGAAGAUGCGCGCGCAUAAUCGGGGCUAUCAGAGGCAUGGGGGAGGGAAUGAGGAACUGCUGUUGCCAUCAUCUGCAGAUGGAAAUGGAAAUGCAGAUGGAGUCGUAUCAGAUUUAGACGCAGCAAAAGCCCACCGCGACAAACUACUACAAUUCCAAGCGCAAAACGCACGCCGGACAAAGGUUGUGGAUGAGGUUGCAGAGUUUGAGACGCCGGAUGUCCACGGGCAGAGUGCGUUGUGGAUGACGCCGGGACAGAGGGCGUUGGCGUUGAAGAGGCAGCAGAAGGUGUUGAGGGAGAUGGAGGAGAAGGGGAAGGAGGAGUGGGAGAGGCAGGGUGGGAGGAUUGUGGUUUCGUUGAGUUUAGAGGGAAAAGGGAGCGGGAUGGGGUUAAUUAGGAGAGUGGAGAGAUGGGAGGAGGCGGAGAAAGAGGUGGAGGGACAAGGGGUUGGAGAUAUAGAGGGGGAUGCGGAUGAGGAGAUGGAGGUAGGUGGAGCUGGAGAGGAGAUGAAGGGUGCUUUUGGGAAUAAUCCGCUGCUUGCUGGUGGGGGUUUGGUGAGGCCUAUUUGGAAGCCGAAGGGGAAGGGAACGGCUGACGGGAAUGGAGAUGGGAAUGCGGAUGAGGGCGGGGUAGGGAGAAGGGGAAGGGAGCAGAGGCAGAUGUGGAGAAGGGUGCAGGACGAUGAGGGGGAUAAUGAGAGGUGGAUUCUGGAUGGGAACAUGUAUGGGUAUGGGAAUGGGAGCAGGGAUGGGUCUAUGGAGGUUGAAGGGGACGGAACGGAUUGUGGUUGA